UUUGCGAUUAUUAGAAACGUAGUCGUUUUCAUUAUUUCACGAUUAGUGACAUGUUAAAAUAAUUUAACUUAAAUAAUUUGGAUAUAUUAAAAUAAUUAAUUCUUCUUCAGCACUCUUUAAAUAAAAAUUACAAAGUCUCCAGAUAAUCCAAAGUUCAUUCAAGUUUGACAUCGCGAGACAUGGCAUCGCUCCGCACUGUUGUGGGAACAGUGUGUAAAACUGUUUUGCUGCAAGCAUCCAGAUCGCAAAAUGGCAUUCUUCCGGCUAUACAUCAGAAAUUAAUUUCAACAGGCCCAUUUCAGAACUUGCUGGUGGAGAGACGUGGAGAGAAUAACAAUGUGGGUUUCAUAAAGUUGAACAGACCCAAAGCACUCAAUGCACUUUGUGAUGGACUGAUGUCAGAACUGACAGUAGCCCUGGGGGAGUUUGAACAAGACAAAACAAUUGGGUGCAUUGUCAUCACUGGAAGUGAAAGGGCCUUUGCAGUUGGUGCUGACAUCGCAGAAAUGAGAAAGAAGACAUUUGAAGAAGUGUUUAACAAGGAUUUCCCCUCUGCGCUGUGCAAAGUAUCAACAUGUAAAAAGCCCCUGAUUGCAGCUGUUAAUGGCCAUGCACUAGGUGGUGGCUGUGAACUGGCGAUGAUGUGUGAUAUUAUCUAUGCGGGAGAGAAGGCACAGUUUGGGCAGCCAGAAAUUACUUUAGGCACAAUCCCAGGUGCUGGAGGUACACAAAGACUGAUCCGUUGUGUGGGCAAAUCUAAGGCCAUGGAGAUGGUCCUGACAGGGGACAGAAUCUCAGCACAAGAAGCAGAAAGGGCAGGUCUUGUAAGCAAAGUGUUUCCUGUGGAGACACUGGUUGAUGAGGCGGUCAAGACAGCGGAGAAGAUAGCUGGCUUUUCUAAAAUCAUUGUGGCCAUGUGCAAGGAAGCAGUAAAAUCCAGCGAGGAGCUGUCGCUUAGUGAGGGCCUUCAUCUUGAAAAAAGGCUUUUCCAUACAACAUUUGGGACUAAAGAUCGAAUGGAGGGCAUGACAGCCUUUGUUGAGAAAAGAAAGCCUAAAUUUGAAGACUGCUGAGUCAGUGAUUGAUUUUUUUUCCUUAACAUUCACAAACAUUGAGCAUGUCUUUGCUUGUAAUUUCUUGAUGUGUAUGAGACAUUUUGGUUAGUUUUUUUUUUUUAUUGCACUUUGUACAUUCUGAGGUACAGUAAUUCUUUUAGAAAAAUAUAUUUUAACAACUGUGCAUCUAAAGUGCAUUUUCUGGAUUUUUUUUUUUCCUUUUUUUUUUGAAGAAGAAUAUACAACACCAUGGAUUUGUGGAAAAUCAUGA